AUGCCUCCUGCGCGUCGUGUUCCCGGGAAGUCCUCUAACUCGAACUCUAGGUCACAGGGCUCUAACAGCGCCAACAGCUCAGCUUUUGGUGGAGAACCCGGGCAAGGCAACGAUGACGGUAUCGCCAACACCUCCGCGGCCGCCCCUAGCGAGCAGGUUCCCCAAGAACCUCCCCUCGGUGCUGGUUUUGGAGCCCUUCAAGCUUUCCUCCAAGACCACGAGUUGGAGGAGGCCGAUCUGUGGUUUCUUGAAGACAACGACCUUCCCGAUCUCAUACUUAGAGUUCAACUACGUCGGUACCGUACGACGAGGGUACCCCCGCCAAUCGCGAUGUUCGGUCAACCCGACGACACUGGCAAUGCCCCAGAGAAGAUGGACGACGGCUAUAGUAAAUCCGAAGCGGCUAGUAGUACCAUGGGAGCACUCGUAAAGGAUGAAGAAUCCUACAAGAAGGAGCUUCGAAAAGGAGAGUCUACGAGGCAGAUUGAGGGGCAAAAUUCAGAAGGUCCAAGCGGCGAUGGAAUGCAUCAUCGUACUAGAGGACCAGGAGACCACUGA